AACCGAGGCAGCAAAUAAGGUGUCCAAGCGAAGGAGCAUCUAGUUGCUCCACUAAGCUUUCCCUUGUGCUGAAAUUUAUCGUAGCACUAUGGACGGUCAAAAAUAUUCACAAGUGUCUGCUACAGGAGACGAGAAUGAGGAUGCCAUCGAACUCACAGGAGUGUCCUUGAAGAAUCGUUCGUUCGACGAGGAGGACGGGGAAGACCACAGUCUGACCGAUCAAUUUAGUGACGAAGACGUUUAUGAACGUGAUGAUGGUCUAGAGAACAGAAUCAACAAUCGUGUUUUCAAUGGUGGACAUGCAAGGCUUCCUAUGGAACUGAUAGAAGAGCAACUAUUAUGGAAUGUCUUCAAUCGAUGGGAGGAACCUAGUUUUCUUUCACUACUUGUCACCACAUUCUUUUUGAUACCGACUCUUGUGAUAUGGAUGUAUGGUGCUUUUGAAUUCGUGGGGAAAUGGUGGGCUAUCUGGAUAAUAGUACUGCACAUGCAACUACGGCUUUCCAUCUCUACAUGGUACAUCAAGAGUACUUCUACGGUGGGCUUCGCGCAUCGGUGGUCUCUUCGAAAGAUGUGCUCGUUCGUGACUAUCUUCGAAGUAUCAAUGUGUGGGAUAGUCUAUCCUUUAAUAUGCAAAAUCAUCACCGAUGCGUUUUUCCGCGACGUGGAUGGGGCCAUCAUCGCAGAAUGGACGAAAGAAACCCGCUUCAUGGUGGUUGGGGUUGUGAUGGGUUGGCUGGUCGUGGCAUUACGGUGCUGUAUUGGUCUUCCGUGCAUAGCAAUCAGAGUAAUGAAGUACAAGGAUCCAGACAUGUACCGAGAAUAUAGACCCAUUUAUUGGACUCCAUUGGGCGAAGAGGGUUCAUUGCAAGAUGGUACUCGAAAUGUGCUGUAUUGUAUUUUUCUUUAUCUUAAUUUCUUUGUUUUCGGAUUGAACUUAAUGUGCAUUUUAUCUCUCAUAUCUCAUUUUGGGCCGUGGCCACCCGGCCUUUCUCUUCCAGAAAAUUGUGAUGGCUUGGAUGCAACAGAAUGUGCACUGCCGUUUCCAUCCUUUCAUCACAUGAGAGAGGACACGAAAAGUUAUACGGGGUGGCGGGUCCACCUGAAGGGCAUGCCCCCAUUGCGCGGAGGAGUCCCAUUUCAUCCAAAAUUUCUCAACGACUUGGACGGUUUCAGCACGAGUAAGUACUAGUCAUGAAUCAACUUUGUACGAGACAAAAAGAAGAACAAACGAAAUCAAUCUUUAGUUUAUCAACUGAAAUCAAUUUGCUUUAUUCUAUGAUAGUGGGGCCCAUUCUUUUUUAUAUAGACGGGUUAAAGGUAUGUGUAGCCAAAUGUCGUUGCAACUUUUGCAGAAUGAAACACGCUUGUCUCAAAUUGUUUGACCUCUUCUUCUGGGCUUUCAAAUGCGUUCGUCGACAUCAAUAGGAAGCUUACGAAAAUCAAGAAGAAAAUGAACAUGAAAUUCAGGGCCCAGAAAAUAUAUCAUUAUCAGUCACUCAAAAAUCAAUAACAGUGCUUGUCGAUAUAAGUGAUGCCUCUUUGGUCCAUCACAGUGCAGAGAUAGAUUACUUGGACCCAAACCAUCCAGUCGUUAUGAUGUAUCCGGCUGAACCUUUGAAACACAAUACCCACUAUGCAGUAGGGGUAAUUUCUGCUAGGGAUAAAACAGGACGUCAACUACCACCAACGCAGGGGAUGGUAGAUAUGAUGAAAGCAAAGCAUUCAAAAACAAGAAUGCGUUUUGUCAAUAAGGUCAUACCUGCCGUUGAUCUGGCAGUGCCUUGGUUUUCGUUCAAAAAGGAUCCGCAAUCAUUGCAGCUACUCUUCGAUUUUGUCACAGCGAGUGAAGCAUCUCAACUGGACCCGGUCAGAGCUGCGCGCGAUAUAGCUUUAGAACAUGUCGCGGACUGGAAUUGGGAUGAUCACGCUCGUGUGGUGUCUACUGAGGACUAUGACUGUGAUGGGGAUGACUCUCCUGAUAUUGCUCGGACCGUUCAUCUUAGUUUAGAUGUUCCAUCCCUUUUGUAUCAAGAGAGCCGUUAUUCAUUUUUAGAUCCCAGAAAAAUUGAGCGAAGGCAUGCCGUGGCAUUUGGCGAAGCUAAAGCAAUGGUGGAAAUACCUUGUAGUUUGAUGAAAGAAACGCUUGACGAGGGAUCUGGAAAGAAAUUGCGAGCAAUCGUCGAAUUUGGUCACGGUUUGUUUGGAAACCGAGAAGAAAUGAAAGAUGGUUUCUUACGAAGGAUGGGCAACAACAAUGGGUACAUCACGAUGGGAAUGGAUUGGAGAGGAAUGUCUAGAGUCGACUUACCAAUUGUUAUUAGAACACUGGUCGGCAAUCCAGAUCUCUUUCAAGCAGUACGUGACAAUCUAAUACAAGGUUUUGCGAACAAAAUUUGCUUGCAACAUUUUUCUCAGAACGGAAUGCUGAGGCUUGAAGCAUUCAAGUUCGGAGGAACUUCCAUUCCCACUCUGAACCAUCGCCCGCCAACUUCGGCUUUCUACGGCAUCAGCCAAGGGGGAAUUUUAGGUGGUGGCUACAUGAGUGUGAUUGGGAAAACUAAACUGAUAGAUAGAGGGAUUCUGGGGUCGCCAGGCUCGCCCUUUACUCUAGUAUUGACUCGAUCUCUUGACUUUGGUUCAUACGACAAAUUAUUUCUUAAGAACUUUUAUAACAACAGACACGUACGGAUUGCAUUGGCUCUCAUGCAGAUGGCAUGGGAUUCGACGGAGGCAUCGGGAUUUCAGGCUCGACCUGUAUUGGAGCCCGUCCCUCGGCUUUUAAUACAGGCUGGUUUGGGCGAUGCAGUAGUGCCAACCAUUGCCGCCGAGUCUCUGGCGAGAGCCAUGGGAGCAUCUCUUCUGCCUGGUAGUCCACGGUCUGUUUUUGGACUUCCUACAGAGUCCGCAGCCGACGAUGAUAAAUGGAUUGGUCCUAAGGUAACACUAAGUGAACUUCUAUAUGAACAAGAAUACAGCAGCCUUCCGAUCGACAACGAUUACUUCAGUGCAGGAUCACAUGACACCCUUUCAGAAAAUCGUGUUCACUUCUGUCUACGUUGGGACAGUGCCAUGAUUGAGCAAAUUGAAGAAUUUGUCAACACUGGGCGAGUUAUUGAUCCGUGUAGAAAUGAUCAUUGCCAAAGAGAAACAUGUUCAUAAGUAUGGCUCUCUUGAAACUACAUUUCAUUUUUCAAUACUUUUGUACUUUAGUUCCAUGAUCUGUUGUUUGUUAGCUAUGAAAUGCAAAGUAUUGUCAGUAAUUUGGUGAAGAUUGAAGAUCAAAGAAUGUUAUAAUUUCCUUUGAAGAAGAACCACCAGUUUUCAUGUGGCACCCUGUUUAAUUGCCAUGACUUUUCUGAGCCCAGAAUGGUAGUAAUGCUGACAAUUUGGUGGAGUAUAACAAUACUCACAC